CUCAGCGCGAUCUCGCGAAGGCGCAGCCAGCGUCGGUAUUUUGUCCCUCGCGGAGCCCCCUCCUCCAGGUACCGCGCGUUGCUAUGGCAUUCCUCGCCGUAGAGAGCGGCAGCGUUUUCGGCCAGGAAGAGGGUCGGAGGCCGCUGUAGUGGCGGCAGGGCCUUCCUCGGCCGCCUGACGAGACAGGGGAAGGCGGGCGGCAAGAGAAGGGAGGCCGCCUCAGCCUCCCCUCCCACGUCCCGACCUGGCAGCCUUUCCCCCGGCGCGCCCAGAGCCUCUCUCGGAGGGCUGCGCGGCCUCGCUGGACGCUCCUUCUUCUCCCCCGGCCCCGCCGCCGCCUCCUGGACUCGACUCCGGGGCGGCGGCGGCGGCGGCGGCUGGAAGCGGCGGCGGCGGCGGCGACAGGCGGUGCCCGGAGGCAGAGUCGCUGCUGGGGAAGAUGGCGGGGAACGGCGCGGGUUUCGCCGGCGCAGGCAGCAGCGGGGAGAUUAUCCAGCUCAAUGUCGGGGGCACCAGGUUCAGCACUUCAAGACAAACACUAAUGUGGAUUCCAGACUCCUUUUUUUCCAGUUUGCUGAGUGGAAGAAUUUCAACACUGAAAGAUGAAACUGGUGCUAUAUUUAUUGACAGAGAUCCUGCAGCAUUUGCACCUAUUUUAAAUUUUCUUCGAACAAAGGAGUUAGAUUUGCGGGGAGUAAGCAUUAAUGUACUCAGGCAUGAAGCAGAGUUUUAUGGAAUUACACCUUUAGUAAGAAGAUUACUGUUGUGUGAAGAGCUAGAGCGUUCCUCUUGUGGCAGUGUCCUCUUCCAUGGUUACCUGCCACCUCCAGGCAUUCCAAGUCGUAAGAUUAGCCCUUCUUCAGGAGCAUCUACUGAAGUCAGAGCACCUCAGAGCUGUCCUGAAAGUGAGGCCCGAGGAGGGAACAUGCAGGCUUCACUUGCUGGUACUGGAGAAGAUACAGUCAGGCUAGGGUUUCCUGUGGAUCCCCGAAAAGUUUUGAUAGUGGCUGGCCAUCACAACUGGAUUGUAGCUGCAUAUGCUCACUUUGCAGUUUGUUAUAGAAUCAAAGAAUCCUCUGGAUGGCAACAAGUGUUCACAAGUCCCUAUUUAGACUGGACUAUUGAACGUGUUGCUCUCAAUGCAAAGGUUGUUGGUGGUCCACAUGGAGACAAAGAUAAAAUGGUUGCUGUCGCAUCCGAGAGCAGUAUCAUCUUAUGGAGCGUUCAGGAUGGUGGUAGUGGCAGUGAAAUAGGAGUAUUUAGUCUUGGAGUUCCUGUGGACGCUCUCUUCUUCAUUGGUAACCAGUUGGUGGCUACUAGUCAUACAGGAAAAGUUGGAGUAUGGAAUGCCGUGACUCAACACUGGCAGGUUCAAGAUGUUGUUCCCAUCACCAGUUAUGAUACUGCUGGGUCAUUCUUACUGCUGGGCUGCAACAAUGGCUCCAUAUAUUACAUUGAUAUGCAGAAAUUUCCACUACGAAUGAAGGAUAAUGAUCUUCUGGUGACAGAACUUUACCAUGACCCUUCCAAUGAUGCCAUAACAGCACUUAGUGUUUACCUCACACCCAAAACAAGUGUAAGUGGUAACUGGAUUGAGAUAGCAUACGGCACAAGUUCAGGAGCAGUGCGUGUGAUUGUGCAACACCCAGAAACGGUUGGAUCAGGCCCUCAACUCUUUCAGACUUUCACAGUUCACCGAAGCCCUGUUACAAAGAUCAUGCUGUCGGAGAAACAUUUGGUGUCAGUUUGUGCAGAUAACAAUCAUGUUCGGACCUGGACAGUGACACGUUUCAGAGGAAUGAUUUCAACACAGCCAGGAUCGACUCCCUUGGCAUCAUUCAAAAUUUUGUCCUUGGAAGAGACCGAGAGCCAUGGCAGUUACUCUUCUGGAAAUGAUAUAGGACCAUUUGGUGAGCGUGAUGACCAACAGGUGUUUAUCCAAAAAGUUGUUCCCAUCACUAACAAACUAUUUGUGAGACUCUCUUCUACUGGAAAAAGGAUAUGUGAAAUUCAGGCUGUUGACUGUACUACCAUUUCAUCCUUCACUGUACGAGAAUGUGAGGGAUCCAGUCGGAUGGGCUCAAGACCACGGCGCUACCUUUUCACGGGGCACGUGAAUGGCAGUAUUCAGAUGUGGGACCUCACCACUGCUAUGGAUAUGGUUAAUAAGAGUGAAGAAAAAGAUGUGGGUGGUCCUACAGAAGAAGAACUGCUUAAGCUUCUGGAUCAGUGUGACCUGAGCACAUCUCGCUGUGCGACUCCCAAUAUCAGCCCAGCCACUUCAGUGAUGCAGCAAAGCCGGCUGCGUGAAUCCAGCUCCAGCCUCCAGUUGCAACACCGUGAAAUGAUCCACGAAACCACUACAUAUGGUUCCAUACGGCCAUAUAGGGAGAGCCCUUUAUUAGCCAGGGCACGACGGACAGAGAGUUUUCACAGCUACAGAGAGAUCCAGGCUUUUAAUUUGAAUAAAACUAUGGUAGACAGAGGUAUUCUUCAGAAUGGCAACCAGAGUCCUGUACAGACAGAAGUGAAGAGAACAGGUGAAAACAUAACUGACAAAAGGGCUUCAAUAGCAGCACUUGAGAUAAGAGCUGCCAGAGCAGCAGAUGGGGCAAGUGAUAGUCAGAAAGUGCCCGAAAAUGUAUUGGAGUUGAAGAAACGAGGAACUGAUGAAGAAAAUGAAGCCAAAGCAGACAAUAAAAAGAAAAGUGGGUUUGAAGGAGGAGGAUUCCUGGGGAGGAAGAAAGCACCUCAUCUGGUGUCUUCACCAAGUAUUGUGGAAGGAGGAUCUGAAACAUCUGGGGCAGCUUCUCCGUCACCUACAAAGACAGCAGUUUCUCCACGGCAUAAGAAAAGUGACUCUAACUGCCAGGAUUAUACCUUGUAAAAAUGCUGAAGGAUAUUUAUAUCCAAAAUAUAUAUCAAAGGUUUUAAACACUAAACUGGAUAAUAUGUUUACAUUUAUGUGUCUGUGGGCAUCUGUAAGUCUGUGUCUUUCACAAAGGACUUGGCUUCACAGCACAACCAACAGAAAGCAUUUUUAAAGUAUUCUAAAUUGAUGUUGACUUUAUAUGACGAUGAAUAUGAAGUCCAGUUCUGGUACAGACUUUGAUUUCAAGCCUUCUUUAAUGGAAGCUGGCAUGCACUACCAGUUUUGUUGUAAGGGGAGCAUUUUCUAAUGUCUGUAACUGAUUCCCAUUUGUGGCUCUGCACAUGCUAAAUAUUUAAUGUUUGUUGCCUACUUAUUGGUCUUCAGUGAGUUCGGUCUCUCUUCAUGCUCUUGUGGUUCCAUAUUGGGAAUAAUAAUGGAAAGAGGGUGGCAUGGCCACUUCACCUUUCGUUUGCCUUUUUUUGUUAUUGGAGUCACCAUAUUUUUUACUAGUAUUAAUAAACUUUGUAUACAUAACCUGGUGCAAUUUGUUAACUUAAUCAUACUGCAAUUCUAAACAUCUUGUUACUGAUUUGAAUGCUAUAAAAUAUUAUUUUGCA